AUGUCAGCCCAUCGAGAUUUACCAAAGCGGGAUUUUAUGAUGGUGAAACCGCCGCGCACGGAAGCGGACUUUCACCGAGAAUAUGAUUCAAAUAUUGGUCUUGGCACGGCUUUUGUGCUGAUUUUGUUUUUCGUAGCAAUUACCAUCAAGAGUUGUGUCAAGUGGAUGAUCCGCAAGGUGCAGAUGCAUAAUUUCAAAAAAGCCCGUCUCAAAGACGUGAAAACGGAGCUCCUU